AGGAAUUUCAGGAGAUGCUUGCUGGGUGUGCUACCUCACCAAGGCUAUAAGUUUAACAUUAGCACAUGGACAGGAUGAACUAGCUAGCUACACCGUCGACCAGUCGAGCUACUACCCAAGCGCCAUGGGAGGUGGAAACAAGCAGUGCGGCAACGACACCAACAGCAGAGGCCUUGGGGGCUACUACCCAAGCGCCUACUCGUCUCCGCCCAUCGCGUACCCUGCAUACCCCCCUCCACAAGCCGGGCAUGGAUGCCCUCCUGCCUAUUACCCUCCACAGCCACAGGGAUAUGGGCAUGGCUAUCCAUCAGCAGGAGCAUACGGGUGUCCACCCUCCAGCUAUCCCCACCAUCAAGGUGGCUAUCACGGUCACGGAGGAUCUUUGCUUGUUGCCGGCGGUGCGGCGGCGGCGGCGGCCUAUGGCGCGCAUCACUUGAGCCAUGGCCAUCACGGCCACGGCGGAUAGUACCACCGUCCUGCGGGUUACCAUCAUCACUACGGCGGCAAGUUCAAGAAGCAUGGACGCUACGGCUAUGGGUAUGGCGGCAAGUUCAAGCAUGGCAAGCGCAUGCGUCUCUUUGGAGGGAAGCAUGGCCUCUUUGGUGGAAAACACAAGUGGAAGUAGUUUCCUUAUGGUUCUUCGAAGUGGAUAUGUCGAGAGGAGUGAACCGAUAUAAUCUUGGGAAUAAAUCCGUCUAUGUAAUAAUCAACUCCAUGAUCGAUCCAUAAAUAUAAGUUCUGCGCGCGUACGUAUGUAUGUGAAUAUCGGUUGCGAUUUGCGACGUCGGUGAUUAAAUCUGUUGCAUUUGCUUGGUCCGCACGUACGAAUGACGAAAGAAACGCGCGCAGUCCACACCUUGUACGAUCGAUCUGUAACUACGUACCAGUUUAAACAUGCAACCGCGCAUCACCUAUAUAUACGUACGUACUCCCAUCCCAUGCAUCUCCUCUCUUGCUUUCGGACAAAUUCGAUCUUCAUAAUUAAGUUUGUCUUCUUUCUGCACGACGAGUCGAAGAGAUCGAUGAUGACCAAGCUCAGCAGCAGCGGCAGCAACAACGUUGAUGACGGCUACGAGUACGAAGAAGAAUACAUCAAGAACGCGCGUGGGAUGAAGCUCUUCACCUGCCGGUGGCUCCCCGCCAACGCCAGACCAAUCAAGGCCCUCGUCUUCAUGUGCCACGGUUACGCGGUGGAGUGCAGCGUGACGAUGCGCGGCACCGGGGUGCGGCUGGCGCAGGCCGGCUACGCCGUCUACGGCAUGGACUACGAGGGCCACGGCAAGUCGGACGGCCUCAGGGGCUACGUCCCCUCCUUCGACGUCCUCCUCGGCGACUGCGACGCCUACUUCACCGCCGCCGUCGCCGCCAACCAAUCUCCUCAGCUGCCUCGGUUCCUGCUGGGCGAGUCCAUGGGCGGCGCGGUGGCGCUGCUGCUCCACCGGGCGCGGCCGUCCUACUGGGCGGGGGCCGUGCUGGUGGCGCCCAUGUGCAAGAUCACGGAGGAGAUGAAGCCGCACCCGGCGGUGAUCAAGGUGCUGGAGGCCGUCACCAGGUUCAUCCCGACGUGGAAGGUGGUGCCCACCAGGAACGUCAUCGGCGCCGCCUACCGGACGCAGGCCAAGCGCGACGAGAUCCGCCGCAACCCCUACUGCUACAAGGGGCGGCCGCGGCUCAAGACGGCGCACGAGCUCCUCCGGGCCAGCCUCCGCGUCGAGAGCGAGGUGCUCACGCAGGUGACGCUGCCCUUCCUGGUCGUGCACGGGGGAGGCGACAGGGUCACGGACCCCUCCGUCAGCCAGCUCCUCUGCCGGGAGGCGCCCAGCACGGACAAGACGCUCAAGCUCUACCCGGGCAUGUGGCACGCCCUCACCUCCGGCGAGCUGCCGGAGAACAUCGACAAGGUCUUCUUCGACAUCAUCGCAUGGCUCGAUCACAGGUCCGGUCCGCCCGCGCCCGAGAGGGACGACUGACGCCUCGUGCGCAGCAACCAUCAUCCAUAGGAACUUCUUUUCUUUUCUUUUUGAUUGAUUCAUGAUGACAGUGAUCCAUGAACAUUAAUUAUCAAUUAUUGUACACUCCAGUUAUACAUACUACUCCAUAUAUUUAGGGCUACUACUCUCUACAUGUGCGUAC